UCGUUGAACGUCUGCGUGACAUGAACCACACGCUUUCAACAUGGCUGCGCCCGCAAAGAGCACGGAGGCUUCAAUAUCAGUUUCUACAGGUCAAUCUGCAACUGCUUCAGCGGCGGAAAAUGUUCCACUACAGUAUAGUCUUAUUCUGGACCACCUUAUCGGUGACAAAAGGCAAAUUAAAAACCUGAACCCGACUGUUAUGGGAGCUUUACCGAGCCCUCAGAAGACAGAUGAACAGAAGAUGAUCGAGAGGGGAAUGGAGAGCUGCGCGUUUAAAUCACUCAUAGCAUGUGUUGGAGGGUUUGUGUUGGGAGGUGCUUUUGGUGUCUUCACAGCAGGUAUUGACUCGAAUGUUGGACUUGAUCCCAAAGACCCUCUAAGGACCCCCACAGCAAGAGAGGUGCUGAGGGACAUGGGGCAGAGAGGAAUGUCAUAUGCUAAAAACUUUGCUAUUGUGGGUGCUAUGUUUUCAUGCACGGAGUGUCUCAUAGAAUCACAUCGUGGGAAGUCUGACUGGAAAAAUGCGGUGUAUAGUGGCUGUAUAACAGGAGGUGCCAUUGGAUUCAGAGCUGGUCUUAAAGCUGGAGUUCUGGGCUGUGGAGGAUUUGCUGCUUUCUCCGCUGCUAUUGAAUACUACCUCAGAUGAACAGCAGCUUCAGGACUGUUACCCUGUUCCAUUGGAAGACAUUAUCACGGGGGGGACAUUGUGCAAUCUUCUUCUGUCCCAGCAAUCAAGAGGCAUUCCUUCCCUCCAGAAGAGAGUGGGGUGGACCAAUAAGACAACAAGCUCAUGUGGCUUUUUUGUGUGUUUGAAGGGGGUCUGAUGAUGCACAUCACCUAAAAACCUCCUAGGAUGAUAUUUGUACAUAAUUGGACCUAAAACGAUAUGCUUUGUGCUGGUUGUCGCACCGAGCGAGAUGUACAGCGUUAUACAGUGUCUGCGGGAAAGAAAAAUAAUAAAGAGUGGUAUCAAGUAGC